AUGUAUUCGUCGGACACCACCCACCUCAUGUCAUUCGGCUCUGCAUAUCUCUGGGCGCUUUAUGUAUAUUUCGGGAACGAAUCGAAGUAUAGAAGAUGCAAACCCAGCUGUAAUCUCUGCCACCAUGUUGCUUAUUUCCAGAAGUUGCCACCCGAAUUCAAAGAUUUCGCUGGGCAACAUUUUGGUGUGAAAGGAGCAAGCAAGCCAUUCAUGGCGCAUUGCCAGCAUGAGUUUCUGCAUGCACAGUGGAAAAUCUUGCUAGAUGACGAGUUCAUGGAUGCAUAUGAGAAUGGUAUUGUCAUCAUGUGCUGCGAUGGGAUUGCCCGAUGUUUCUACCUUAGGAUAUUCUCCUAUGCUGCCGAUUACCCCGAGAAGGUUCUACUAACGACCAUUCGUAACAUGGGUGGUCGCCCAUGUCCUCGCUGCCUUAUUCCUAAGGGUCUUAUUCAUCAAGUAGGUACUGAAUGCGACAAAGUACAGCGAAAACUUUCUGUGUGCACCAACGACAAGGUAUACCAAGAAAAAAUACGCGAAGCCCAAGCGCUGAUCUACGAAAACAAUUGGGCGGUUGAGAGCGCUCCAGUGCAGCGCAUUCUCAAGCCGCAUUCGCUAGUACCAACUCUAAAUGCAUUUUCACGCUUCUCGCACUUGCUCUUCAAUUUCUUUGAAAUAUUUCACAUCGAUUUUAUGCAUGAGGUCGAGUUAGGAGUUUGGCGGGCCCUUUUUCUCCAUCUUCUUCAGAUCUUGGAUACUAUUGCUGGAGCAACUGAUAUCCUCGAUUUCCGCUUCCGCGCGACGCCAACAUUUGGCCGGGAUUCUAUUUGUCGUUUUUCAAGCAAUAUUUCUGAAUUGAAGAAGCUUGGUGCAAGGGACUACGAAAACCUCCUACAAUGCUCCAUCCCAGUUUUUGAUGGUCUUCUUCCAGAGCCACACAAUUCCCUCCUUUUGGACCUUCUGUUCAUUUUCGCACAUUGGCAUGGCCUUGCUAAACUCCGCCAGCACACAGACCUUACCUUGGGAAUUUUAGAAUCCACCACUUCUGCACUCGGGCAAGCUCUCCGCGAUUUUCAAGAAAAGCUGUGUCCGGCCUUUGAUACCAAAGAACUAAAGCAGGAAGCUGCAGCAAGGCAGCAUCAACAAGCCAAGAAGGCUUCAGCGCCUGUGAACAAAUCUGCACUGGCUGGAGCGGCAACCAGUAAUGACACCAAUAUAAACACUGCGACCGUAGAACCACAUACAACGCAGGGUGCCCUCUCUUUGACUGAUAGCGCGGAUGGCAGCACGACCAGUCGAAAAGCAACACAGGCAAAACUACCCCCCGGGAGGCGCAAGAAAACCCUCAAUCUGAACACAUACAAAGCGCAUGCGCUCGGGGAUUAUGUUGAAAUGAUUCGGAGAUACGGAACGACAGAUUCUUAUUCGACUGAGCCAUCGGAGCUUGAGCAUCGAAACCCAAAAUCUCGGUACAAGCACAUGAGUCGCAAGAAAUUCAUCAAGCAACUGACUGAGAUUGAGCGGAGGCAAGCUCGACUCCGCCGCAUUCGGCAGAAAUUAAACGCCAGGGAGGUGAGCGGCCCAAGAAGUGAUGCAGCUGACAGUUUCCCUGGGUCUUCGAGCUGUCGAUACCACAUUGGAAGGACCCAAAACAAUCCAGUGAACAUUGGCUUAUUCCUCUCAGAAAAUUGCUUUGACCCUGCUGUUCAGGGUUUCAUGACAAAAUUGAACACCCACCUCCUACCUAGAGUCCAAGAAAGAUUAGAAGAGUUGCGGAAUCUUCAAGGCGAAACAAGUGCCUCAAAGCCCCCAAACGUUGGCCUCUAUGAGCAUACAAAGCAGCUGGCUUUGAACUCCAUCAUCAUCAAAGAUAACCAUGUCAUCAACCCAGGGACAUCCCACCGUGACGUCAUGUUACUUUCUGAUCCGCUAGCCGGGAAUGAUUUCCCGACACAUCCAUUUCUAUAUGCACGAGUAUUGGGAAUAUACCAUGUCAAUGUCGUCUAUUCUGGACCUGGUAUGCUCAAUUAUGAAGCGAUGAGGUUUGAUUUCCUUUGGGUUCGAUGGUUCCAGGUUUGCACCAAUGCGGCAACUGCUGGAUGGGAAGCCUCUCACCUGGAUCGGGUGUCAUUUCCUCUGGUGGCCGAAAUAGAUGUGUUUGGCUUUAUAAACCCUGAGCAUGUUCUUCGAAGUUGCUAUCUAAGCCCAGUGUUCUCUGAGGGCAAACGUCAUCUGGAUGGAUGUGGCCUUUCCAAGAUAGCAAAAGAUGGUCAGGAAUGGAAAGAUUACUAUGUCAAUAGGUUCGCCGACCGCGACAUGAUCAUGCGAUAUCACUGGGGCAUUGGAAUUGGGCAUAUGUAUGCGCAUGGCCAUAUAUCUGCAGCUCAGACCCCCUCCGAACCGAUCACAAAUUCAGCACAAGUGGCUCCAAAUCAAAACAAUGGAGAAAACUGGAAUGAAAUGGGUGGGCGGCAUGAAGACGAGGUGGGUUAG